AAUUAACAGUAGACGUCGCCAGGCACCACGGCUGCCUUGUUAAAUACGUCUCUGUUUCGUCCCUCUCUCUCUUUUUCUCCUCUAUACCAGACAGCCCGCAAUAAUCCUCUCUGCUCACAGCGGGCAGCCCUCUUCCGGACCAGGGGCGGUGUCCCUCGUCACUUCAUGGAAAUGGGAUAUAUUUUUUCUGUACUGAUUCGCUUCCUGACUAUUGUAGUUGCCCGUUCACUCUCAAUAGAAACAAUCCGCUAUUCCACUGCCCGGGCGUGCCUCCGAAGUGAGCCUCCUUCUAGUUCAAGACAACCUGAAAAGCAUCGCAACAUGGCUAUCGCAAUCGCUGCCCAGGGAAUCCGCAGCUCGGUACGGCAUUUCUCAGCGCACCGCCCACGCCCAGAUACUCGUACCUCACGAUUUGUGGCUUCGUCCUGCUUGGUUUCUAUGGUGGUUCUGCCGUUCGUCCCUCCCGCACUGGAAAGCUCGCGAGAGAGAAACUCCGGCUACCCUAACAAUAAGACACGCUCUCUACCACCUCUCUGUUUCCAUGCUCGCUAGAUCAUGACGUCCUAUAUAAACACUUAUCCAGGCCAGCUAUUGCAAGCGCACUGGCUUUGUGCUGUAUCACACCAAAGCGCACUAUUAAUACCCUUUUGCAUUUUCAAGACAUGGACAGCCAGGUAACAGAGCUGGCUGCGUCAAGGCACUUUUAUACCCGCUCCAUAUGGAAGUACAGGCAUCCAUGGAUUAUCACGACAUAUACCAUUCGGCUCCUCAUG